CUUCUGUCUAGGCGGUGGGUGGUUGCCAGUUUUGUGAUUUUAACAGUGUUAGUUUUUAUUGUUGUUACUGUUGCAACGGAUUUUUACCGUUGCCGAGAAGUUGUGCCACAUUUGCUUUGUGUAAUUUUCCACUUACAUCUGCAAGAAUCUCGUUUAUACCUGCCAUAAAGGAUGGUUUUUAUUGGCAUGCCAAACAAGAAGUUACAAGUUGAACAAAUACGUUACAAUGAUCUAUUAGAUUAUUAAUUAAGGGAUGAUGACGAUAAACGGCUCGAUUUUAUAAUAAUUAUUUAGGGGCCAUCUGAAGACAAGCAAACCACUUAGCAAAGAUGGCUAGAAAAGGGGACUCGAUCCGCAGCAUCAACGUGGCCGUCGUGGGCCUGUCGGGGGUGGAAAAAGACAAAGGGCACGCGGGGGUGGGGAAAUCGUGCUUCUGCAACCGCUUCAUGCGCCCGCACGCGGAGGACUACAACGUCGACCACAUCUCCGUCCUGAGCCAGAGCGACUUCAGCGGCCGCGUCGUCAACAACGACCACUUCCUGUACUGGGGCGAGGUGAUCAAGACCUCCGAGGAGGGGGUCGACUACCAGUUCAGCGUCAUCGAACAGACCGAGUUCAUAGACGACGCCUCGUUUCAGCCGUUCAAGGGCGGCAAGAUGGAGCCGUACGUCAAACGGUGCGCGUCCACCAAGAUAGCGUCCGCGGAGAAGCUGAUGUACAUCUGCAAGAACCAGCUCGGCAUCGAGAAGGAGUACGAGCAGAAGAUUCUUCCCGAUGGUAGGCUGGGCAUCGACGGGUUCAUAUGCACCUUCGACGUGAGCGUAGUGCCCAGCAGGAUAAUGGAGAAGCAGGUGGAAUUCGUGGCCGCGAUCCUCAACAACCUGGCGAAAACCAAGAAGCCCGUCGUGUUCGUUACCACUAAGAACGACGACGCGGAAGACGCGCUGAUAAGAGAGGCCGUCAGGCUGGUGCAGAGGAACGAAUACAAAGGGACGAUUCCCUUGAUUGAAACGUCGUCGCACGAUAACAUCAACAUAGACUUGUCGUUCAUGCUUUUGGCGCAGAUGGUGGAGAAGUGCAAGGUGCGAUCGAAAAUACUUUCCUACCAGGAGGCUUCGCUGUCGAGGAAGGAAAUCCUGGACGCCGCGUCCGAAGCUUUCAUGCGCCUGAUUCGGGUGCACGUCACGGAUUGCCACGCCCUCUGGUCGCACACAAUCAAAAAGUUGAACUCGCACAAGGAGUGGAUUCACUUCGUUCAGCUGUUCGGUCUGGACGGCACUCAGAGGUUGUUCAGACGCCACAUCAAGAAACUCAAGGACGAGCAGUUGGCCAAACAGAUCGCGCACUACAUGGAGAUGUUGCCCGACGUUCUGCACGAGUUGAUUCCCGGUUUCAAUACCGACACGGACUGGGGUUCGGUGCAGCAGUACUUGAAGGCGCAUCCGAACUUCAAUCAGUAUUUCUACGAACGUCCCGAGGAUAUGCAUUUGUCGGAAUGUCUCGAGGAUACCGACGAAACCAGGAUCCCCUUCGACGUUCUGGACACCAGUGAGGCCGAAACUGUAUUUAAAAACCACAUCAAUGUAUUGCAACAGGAACAAAAACGCAUGGAUUGGAAGAAGCAGUUCAAGCAACUUCUCGAGGACACGGGCUACGUAACCCCCGGCAAGCACCUAUCCGAAGUGCGGGUUUUAUUCAUGGGUAGAGAAUGCUUCGAAGCCCUGUCCGAACACGAUUGCCAACAAAUCUACGAAUCCCACCAGAGGGAGCUGAUUGAAACGGCCAAGCACAACUUCCAAGAGCUCCUUUUGGAACACGCCGACCUCUUCUACCACUUCAAAAGCAUCGCCCCCACGGGCACCAUAACCCAAGACGACAUAAAGGAAAUAACGGACGUUUUACAGGAAGACUUCCGCUACAAAAUCCUCGACCGCUUGGACCAAGACCGAAAGUUAACCCUCUUCCAGCACUUGGGCUUCAUCCACUACCCCAUAAGGGAGCACUGCCCCGCGUUCCCCAACUGCAUGGACGCCUUGAUAGAGAGGAUACUGGCCACCAAGGCGCACAGACCCACGUCGUGGAACCACGGCAACCAGUGGCUGAUGAGUUCCGACAACAACCAGCUGAACUUGCUUCUGCUGGGCUUCGACAGCCUGGCGCAAAAUUUGGCGGACAAAAUCAGAUCGCAAUGCGACGACGACGAGUACGAAAUCGACGGUCAGUUUUACAACCUCGACUACAGGAUCAUUAGCGGCGACGUCAGUCUCCCCCACAAUUCUUUCAGGACGUCCGAUUUCGCCCCGCACGGGAGUUUUUGCGUCUACUCGAACGCCGAGUCGUUCGAGUACAUCCGGGAGAGUUUGGAGAAGAAGUUGCUGAGUAAUUUGGAGCAAGAGGAUAAGUUACCAUUCCAGGGGUUACCCAUAGUAUUAUUAUUCCUGCAGGAUUCCUACUUGGACGAGAAAGAGGUCUUGAAGUUAAAGGAGGAGGGGCAGAAUCUGGCUGACAGUUUGCAAUGUCCUUUCAUGGAUAUAAGCUUGGAGCAAGUGACAGAGGAACAGUUGGUGUCGGAAGCACUUCACCAGUUGGUUCAAUGCAUCCACCACAGAUCCGGUUUCAUGAACAUCAACCAAUCGGUCAUAGAGUGCACGGAACCGGACAUAAGAAUCAUAAUGUGCAUGUUUUGCGGCGACCCGUAUUCAGUCGAGAACCUCCUGGGGCCGCUGUUGUCCCAUCAAAUGUGUUUUUUGUCCUCGGCGCACAGCAUAAUACUCGAGACUUUCCUCGGCGACUCCAAACGUAAAGUCGAGGUUAUAGUGUCGUCAUUCCACGGAGCCAACGCGUUCAGAGAGGAUCUCGUUCACGGCUUCAUACUAGUCUAUUCCACGAAGAGGAAAGCCUCCCUGGCGACCCUCAACGCUUUCUCGAUGAACAUUCCGAACCUGCCGAUACAGAUACUGGCCGUAACCGAGGCAGGCGGCGCCACCGCCUUCUUCAACGACGAUCUAAGUCAGCUACUGAUUACCGAGGGAAAUUCGACGGCGGACAGGCUGCAGGCGCACUUCAUGACCUCCGCCGGCGGCAUGCAGAACAAGACGGCCUUCUUCACGCCCUUCUUCAAGGAGGUGUGGGAGAAGAAGCCGGAGAUCGAGCAGGCGUUCCACAUGGAGGAACCGUCGGGCUUGGACAGCGGGGAGGGCACGUUGGAGCGGUCGCGAUCGCAGCGCCACCACCCGAUGCCGCCGCCGCGCCACGAGAGCUACUACCUGAAGCUCAACGACGGCAGCGAGAGCGAGAACUUCGAACUGAGCGGCCCCGACGAAAGGCUCAGUUCCAGCGACCACAGCGACAAGUUCUCCAACAUUUACAUGUACGGUUCGGAGAGCAGCGAUUUGAACUCGAAGAAGCGGCACCACCAUCAGGGUUUCCAGGUGUACCCGCCGCCCGCCACGCCGCCGGAACCGGCUCCACCGGACAACCUGCUCAACACGAGGCACUCGAAGAAGUCGCUGCUGUCUUCGCAAACGAGUCUCGAGGAGAUCAACUACGACGGCGGUUGGAACAACUACCAACAGCACGCCUUCACCACGGGUCGCACGCGUCACAUCCCGAUGUCCAAAUCGCGCUCCAAAAGCACCUCGCAGACCCUGAAGCAACCCGGGAAGUUGAACAUGAAGAACUACUCGGCCGUCACCGAGGCCAUCGGCCGCAUGAACGUCGGCGGCGGGGAUCAGAACAGCUUCGGGAACGCGCCGCUGGCCACGCCGGAGGCGGUGGAUCUGGGCGGCGAGUACGCGCAGGUCAAGGACGCGGUGCGGCACGCUUAUCCGCCCGAUUCCGACUACAUGUACACGAUGGUGCACGAGGCUUUGACCGGCAAGAACAAGUUGCGGCAGAGGAGGGAGAAGGGGCAGCCCUCCUACUCCGACUCCGAUUCGGAGUGGAGCAGUCUGGAGAGGAGGCAGCGGGCCGGGGAGAUCUACUCCAAGGUCAGAGAUGUGAACCGCAAGGGCGGCACUCACAAGCGACAGCGAAAAAAGCGCAUCGCCAUCCCGGUGCAGCCGCCUCGCGUCCCGCAACUCGGCGCGUUCACCCUGCCGUCGGCGCACUCGCCCAUGAUCGCGGCCGACCCGGACGACAAAGACAAACUCGUCACCGAGUCGAACUCGGAAUCGUCGGACGUCAGCGAGACCGCGCCGCCGAACCAAAACUGCGUCAAACACGAGCAGAAGAACAGAUCGCUGAACUUGAAGAAGCGAGUGCCGGAGUUGCACAACCCGUACAGCUUCAACGUGCAGUCGUACUCGCUGCACGACGACGAGAGCAGUUUGGACGUGAGCUCUCCGCGCGACAAUAACUCGCCUUUCGGCGUGCUGUCGAAGAUGAAGGAGUCGGAUUGCGAGAAGUUGCUGAGGAAGCGCGAGAAGCAGAAGGCGAAAGACGAUUCGAAGCUCGAGAAGCGCAGGUUGAAGGAGGAGAAGCUGCGCAAAGUGGCGGAAGAGCGCGAUAAAAAGAAGCAGCAGAAAUCCUCCGGGAAGCAGAAAUCCGUUCCCAUAACCCUGGCGGAUUACAUUCAAUCGGACAAAAACUACGUCCCGAUAUUUAUGGAGAAGUGCGUUAAAUUCAUCGAAAGCGAGGGUUUGGAUUCCGAGGGGAUCUAUAGAGUGCCGGGUAACAGAGCCCACGUCGAUUUGCUCUUCCACAAGUUCGAGGAGGAUUCCAACGUGGACAUACACGAGCUGGACAUCCCUGUAAACGCCGUUGCCACCGCGUUGAAAGAUUUCGUCUCCAAGAGAUUACCGCCGUUGUUUGACCCCGACGUGAUGGCGGAAAUGGAGGACAUCGCCGGGACUCGCAUCAAACCCAUGGUGACCACGACGGGCAACAUGGAGGUCAAAACUGACCGCAGCUGCCGCUUGCUCGCGCUGCGCAGCAUGCUGGACAAACUACCCGCGGUCAACUUCAGCGUUUUGAAGUUCAUAUUCCAGCACUUCGUCAAGGUCACCGAGAACUCAAAACUGAACAGCAUGGACAGCAAGAACUUGGCCAUCUGCUGGUGGCCCACGCUCUUGCCCAUCGAGUUCAGCGACAUGGGCCGGUUCGAGCAGAUGCGCCCCUACUUGGAGGACAUCGUUCAGACCAUGAUCGAUCAGUACCCAUUCCUGUUCUGCGGCAAAGAAGCCUUCGUGAUGGUCUAAAGUUGGCAAGAAAUGGCUCGUGAAAUUCACGCACAAAUCGCGUAAGCCUCCUUUACACUGUGUACUACUUACUACCCUAUGGGGCGCCGUUUUAUUUUUUUUUCAGGAAGUAUUCUUAAGGUUUUAAAAUGACGAAAAAAUUUUUUUUUCCUAGGCCUUGACUUUUUUGAUUUUUUUUUAAUUAGCAAUUAACAACUUUUUUGAAAAAAGGCGUCCAUUGAAAAUAUCCAAUCAUUAAAAUAAUGAAUGAUUUAUAAAGUUAAAUUGCAAAAUUAUAAUUUUAUAAAUCACAGAAUUAAAUAAAACGAAAGUUAUGUUAAUACAUCACUGAAUAUGUUUUUUUUGCGACUCGGUAAAAGUUUUUUUCUCAAUAUCAGUUUAUCCGUAAAAAUAUGGAAUUUUUCAAAAAUUGACUUGAAUUUUAUGAUAAAAGUGCAAAAGUCAACUUUUUUGAAAAUUUCCCAAAUUUUUCCGCCUCAAUUUUUCCAGAAAUUUAAAAACCCUAGUUAACACUUGUGAUAUUUUCAAUUAGAUAUAAAAUAUCAUAUAAGAAUUUUUUUUUGAAUUUUUCAACAAAUUAAAAAUGCAUAAAUAUUAAAUAUAAUUUUUUAAUCAAGCGAAUUAAAAAUAUGUGUUAAACAAAAAAACAAUGAAAAGAAAUUAAAUACAGGGUGUUAUUUAAUUAAUAUAAUAUAUUAAAAAAAAUUUAAGGACCAGGAACAAUAGGCUAAUAUGGUUGCCUAAUUUAAUUUAUUAUGUUAUGGUUGGUACCAACCAGCGUUUUCAGAUUCUGUCAAAAAAGUUGCCAGAUUUUGUGUAAAUUUAGCUUAAUUACAAAAAUGACAAGAUCAACAAUGUAAAUUGUUAAUUUGGCGUUUUUAUUAAUUGUUGAUUAUGUCAUUUUUGUAAUGAAGGUAAAUUCAAAUAAAAUCUGGCAACUUUUAUGACAGAAUCUAGUGCAUUUCUUUCAAAUUUUAGGGUAUUUGCUCAAAUUGUAAAUAUCUUAACUAAGGGAAGUGCUUUUGGUUUUAUUUACACAAAUUGAAUGUUUAAAGUUUAACCUAAUUUCAUCUGAGUAAACAGAAGAAAAAACCGAUAAACAAAAUAAUUUUGUGGUUAUGGAGUUUUUAAAAUAUGUAGGUACUAAAUUUUCUAAUAGAACUUUAAGGGCAUAAAACUUGUAUUUAUUUUUUGCAAGAAAAAAUUUUACACCUUAUGUCAGAAGGUAUUCAGUAUUUUAAUAUAUUACAUUAAUUACAUAACACCCUGUAUGUAUAAAUAAAAAUUAUCACAUGAACAUGUUUAAUCUGCGAAUUAAAAAUAUCAUAGCAAAUAUUUAAAAAUUAGAUUUAAUUUUUAUGAAAAAUUGAUUUUUUAAUUUAAUGAAUGUGUUUAACUAAAAUACAAAUAUAAGAAGCAAAUAAUUUAAAUUAACUAAAUUAAAAAUAUUUGCUUGGCAUAAAACUUAAAUCUAAUUUUAAAAUAUCUGCUGUGAUAUUAUUAAUUAGCAGAAUUAAAAUUCUCAAGUGAUAUUUUUUAGCUAAUUGAAAGUAUCACUAGUAGUAACAGAUAAAAAUAAUUCCUGAAUAAAUAAUAAAACGGCGCCCAUACUACCCUUAUAAUUAAACUUAUAAUAGUAAUAGUAAUAACAAAAUUAAUUGGAGGGGCCUUCAUUCGCAAGUGACGAUUGUAGCGCGGAUAUUAAAAAAAUGAAACAAAACGGUAGAAUAGUUGGGACGUUGUAACUCAUGAAUGUGAAUUUGUAUUUUUACAUUUAUCAUGUGUGUGGAAAUUUUAUAACAAAAAAAUCGAGUAUGCAUGGGAUCUUCUGUGUAAAAAGCCCGCCGAUUGGCGGGCCAGUUGUUUGUAAUACCCGUAGGAUAAUCAGUGUUCUAUCCUUUCAUUAUCAACGAGAUUUCGUAGCGUAGCUACUUGUCCAUUAACUAUUAAUGAUUUUAAAAUAUAUAAAUUGGUAUUUUCCCCUGUAUUUAAUUAAUGCUUUAGUUGUAAGACGCAGCCCAUAUUACAACACGGAUUUUAUCAGUAUUGUAUCACAAAAUUUUAGACGUAAAUCAAUUUUGAUAUUGACUUCC